CAAGACACUGCCUUCAUGAAUGCUCUGGCAGAAAAUGGUUCUCCUGAAGAGCAUGCAGUCUAUGUAUGGGACCAUUUCAUAGCCAAGUCUGCUGCAGAGAGUGUGUUUUUUGUUGCUCACAGCUAUGGAGGACUUGCUUUUGUUGAACUGAUGAUUCAACGAGAAGCAGAUGUGAAAAGUAAGGUGACUGCUGUGGCAUUGACAGACUCUGUUCACAAUGUGUGGCAUCAAGAAGCUGGCAAAACCAUCCGCGAAUGGAUGAGAGAGAACUGUUGCAACUGGGUUUCCAGCUCAGAACCAUUGGACACUUCGGUGGAGUCCAUGCUGCCUGACUGUCCCAGAGUCUCUGCAGGCACCGACCGCCACGAGCUAACUUCCUGGAAGAGCUUCCCGUCCAUCUUCAAGUUCUUCGCGGAAGCGUCGCAAGCCAAGAGCAGCUCGCAGAAGCCCACCCUGACGCGGCGCUCGCAUCGGAUCAAGCACGAAGAGCUGUGAGCUCGCCGCCGCCCGCCGCGCCCGCAGCCUCCCGGCCCCCAUUAGAUUGCUUUCUUCCUCCAGCACAGAGUCGUGAUAUGUUCGUCUAAAUAGUGUUUUGCAUUAUUUCUAGAUGAGUGCAACUGUCAAAGCAAUAUGGACUCAGCAGCCGCCUUUCCUGCGGGCUGAGCUCGGGCUUGGCGCUGGGGGCGGGGGCCGGCAGGG